AGGCGAGGGAGUGAGUGAGUGAGCGAGGGAGGGAGGUAUGUCAUGCUCUGGAUUACAACCAGAGUGUUUUGGGAGACGGAGACUGCAGCCACUUAGCAAGACACUGACUUUAAAUUCACUUUAAAAGGUUGAAAGGGAAAAGUUUGCAGCUUCUGCAGCACUCUGUUCAGGAACCAUUACUGGCACAGUAGAGCCCAGUAGACUGGAGGAGAGGGAGGGAUCUGACGAGGAGCGCCCUUUCCGACUGUCUACAACACCGGCAGGCAGCAUGGGUGAAGAGGGGCCUCCCAGCCUGGAGUAUAUCAAUGCCAAGGACCUGUUCCCCCAGAAGGAGCUGGUGAAGGAGGAUGAAAGCCUUCAGGUGCCAUUCCCAGUUCUUCAGGGGGAAGGGGUGGAAUAUCUUGGCCAUGCCGAUGAAGCCAUCAUUGCCAUUUCUAACUACCGACUCCACAUCAAGUUCAAGGACUCUGUCAUCAACGUGCCUCUCAGGCUGAUCGAGAGCGUGGAGAGCAGAGAUAUGUUCCAGCUGCACAUCAUCUGCAAAGACUCCAAAGUUGUCAGAUGUCACUUUUCAACGUUCAAGCAAUGCCAGGAGUGGGUGAAGCGUCUGAACCGGGCCAUAGCCCACCCGUCCCGACUGGAGGACCUGUUCGCUCUGGCCUAUCACGCCUGGUGUCUGGGAGGCUGCACUGAUGAUGAAGACCAGCACGUUCAUCUCUGUCGCCCAGGUGACCACGUGCGCCAAAGGAUGGAGGUUGAGGUGAAGCGGUUGGGCUUCGACACACAGAACAUCUGGAGAGUGUCGGACAUAAACUGCAACUUCAAGCUGUGUGCCAGCUAUCCACAGAAGCUCCUCGUUCCAAUCUGGAUCACGGACAAGGAGCUGGAGAGCGUGGCUUCCUUCAGAUCCUGGAAGAGGAUCCCGGUGGUGGUCUACAGGCACCAGAAGAACGGGGUAGUGAUCGCCCGCUGUAGCCAGCCUGAGAUCAGCUGGUGGGGCUGGAGGAACACAGAUGAUGAGUACCUGGUGACAUCCAUUGCCAAGGCCUGUCAGAUGGACACUGGAUCCAAGGUCACCUGUGGGGCACCUGCCUGCCGACAACGCGGGGAAGCUCCCGACUCCUCUGACAGUGAUUUUGGUAAAUUGAUACUUUGGGUCAUUUGGGUAUACGGGGUAGAUUGAUGGGUGCACCGUUAGAGUACUGCAGAUCAUGAGAGUAUCUGCAAACUACCCACAGGUAAUGAUGUGUAACAUAAGUGCCAAACAGCAGAAAUCUAAUCCUCCCAUAUAGAGAAUUAAGAAGCAUUAAACACACAGGAUGUAAAUUCCACCACCAGGGGGCUCUCAGUCAAAACAAUAACAAAAGAUGAUGUCAAGGCUGGCGGGGAAUCAUGGGAGUGAUUCCCUUUGCUACUCCCCUACUCCUGAUCCAAAUAAACUCCAAGUUGACCGUAGUCAUGACGACUGGCCGAAACCGACCUGAGGAAGAGAAUAUGUUUACUCACGAGCUAAU